AUGGCAUCGGACGGGGAUCUGGGAGAUCUCUUGGCCAAGAUCCUUCCCUUCGGGGCCGAGCUCACGGUCCGCCAUGCCUCAUCCAUUCCUUCGCCGUCGCCAGCUCUCUUUGCCGCUGCGCCGGGUGAGGAGCCUGAACAAACAUUCCUCGAGAGCCACUUUCUAUCGGCAUCCGUGGACUCUCCGAAAGACGAUGGGGCGGAAAUCAUUGUCUUCGGCAUGGAAGUGUUGGUCUAUACUACGGCCCACUUGACCACCAUCUUCGUCUCCAAGGCGGACUCGACCGGGUUCAUACACCUACUCGAGCUGCCGCAAAGAGUGUCGGUUCUGAGACUCAUCUCAAGUACUUUUCUAUCAUAUUUAGCACGCACACAUCAACGCCCAGGUGUUCGUCUGGUUGUGUCCUUGUUUGCGCGCGCUCAAAACCAGUACCUGUUCCCGGGUAGCAUUGAGAAUGCCGAAAAACAUGUCCUCGACGAUCGGGGACUUAUCAAAUGGUGGUGUCGUGCCGUGGACCCGAUCCUUCGCGAGCAUGAGCCUGAAUCGCUCUCAAAGGACCCGAAACUUCUGAACCAGACAGUCGAGGCGACCAAGGCUUCUGCGACCGCGUACCUGAUCGUCCCGGGUUGCGAUCGUUUCGAGACACGUAAUUUUUUCCCUGCUACGGCCAGAUCCGAUGCACAAGAUCGUCCACGAUGGCUCAGCAGCUAUCCUUUGAAGCAGAUGUGCCAUGAUCCCGAGGCUCCGCCGCGUUGCUUGGUUCCUCGCCUCCCUGAUGACCCCAAGACCCGAUUCUUGAUUGAUCUAGACGACGAACUUCCUGAAAGCAUAGAAGGUGAAGGUGCAGCCCAUGCGACCGGACAGUGGAAGAGUAUCAAGUCACUGGAUCAAUUCUGGGAAAUGAUGUCCUUCCGACAGGAGUGCUCUGCUGGCCGGCUCGUGGGUUUCCUCUGGCUUGUCAUUAAUCCGCCUGGUUUGAUGAACUCGACUACUAUGGCUAGUCGGACUCGCAGCUUCAUUCCAGACAAAGCAACAUCCCAAUCGAACAAUGGGCCGGACCAGUGCAAAGCAACACCAGUCUCGGAAUCCCACAAGGAGCCUACGGAUAAAGAACAGCCUGCGGAGCUUCACUCAGCGCCAGCGCCUUCUUUCGAUCGCCCAUUAGUGGCAUCUGUUCCUGCUGCUUCUAUGGAACCCAAUUCCUUCUAUUGGCCCGAGGCUGGACGAGGAAACAUGAUGGACUGUGUAUUGGAUCAUUUCUACGACGAGAAGGAAAUCGUCGCCAGUACCAAAGCCUAUGUCGACGAGGUCGCCUCUCUAGCAGAUCAGCUUACCUGGGGCAAACGGGCAAUCGGAACCCAUGCUCCACAGAGCACGAGUUCGGAAUUUGUGCCGAUGAACAACCUUCUCGACAGCGGCUUGAUCCGUAAGCGGAAGAAGUCCGAGGGGGAGGCCACCACGGCUGCCGCCGGAAAUUCAGCGCCGCAGAGCGGGUCAGACACGCAACAGGCUCCGUCGCAGCCAACAUCUGUGAAUGUACUCAAUGCCGAUCUCAUUCGCAAAAAGAAAAGGACAUAA